UUUUAAAGGGCAGAGUUGUAAAAACUCCCAGGCUGUGGGGGGUUAGCUUGGUCUCCUGCGAGUCGGAAUUCAACUGAACCCCACGGAAGAAAAAACAACAAAAAGAAAACCCGCCUGGAGCAGAAACAGAGACACAACAUCGACGACACCGUUUUAUAUCUCCGUGAGAAAACUACACCGGAGGCUGUGGAGGUGUUGGAGCGGACUGAGGCUGGUGCAGGAAAGGACCGACUGUGUGAAUUUCCAUGAUCCUGAAUCUAACUCUGCUGCAGGAAGGAUAUUCACUUUGGCAACAAGUUCUCAAUCAGACUUGCUCCUUCACACUGGUCACUGCUGCCUCGGAGGUUUUUGCAUCGCUCUGUAAAAGCAACUCUGUGACGGAAAAAGAAUCUCUCUCGCCACUGAAGCAGCUAUGCAGCUUGAAAUUCAAGUAGCACUCAACUUUAUUAUUUCCUAUUUAUACAACAAACUCCCUCGACGACGUGUGAAUAUCUUCGGCGAGGAGCUCGAGAGGCAGCUGAAGAAAAAAUAUGAAGGCCACUGGUAUCCGGAUAAGCCAUACAAAGGUUCAGGGUUCAGGUGCAUCCAUGUAGGGGAGAAGGUGGACCCCGUGGUGGAGCAGGCAGCCAAAGAGAGCGGGCUGGACAUCGGCGACGUCCGGAAUAACCUCCCUCAGGACCUUAGUGUGUGGAUCGACCCAUUUGAGGUUUCCUACCAGAUUGGGGAGAAGGGACCGGUGAAGGUGCUUUAUGUGGACGAUAACAAUGAGAACGGGUCAGAGCUGGACAAGGAGAUCAAGAACAGCUUUAAUCCUGAGGCCCAGGUCUUCAUGCCAAUCAGCGACCCUGUCGGGGCUUCCUCAGAGUCCAGCUCUCCCUCCCCUCCUUUCGGGCAGUCGGCUGCCGUGAGCCCCUCCCUAAUGCCACGCUCCACCCAGCCCUUAACCUUCACCACUGCCACCUUCGCUGCCACCAAAUUCGGCUCCACUAAGAUGAAAAGCAGUGGUCGUGGUAACAACAAUAACAGUGGCAGUAGCACCAAGGUGGCCCGCACCUCCCCCACCAAUAACCUGGGUCUGAAUGUCAACACCCUACUGAAGCAGAAAGCCAUCUCCACGUCCAUGCACUCACUGUACGGGCUGGGCCUGGGGCAGCAGCAGCAACAGAAGGCCUCUGCUCUGUCCCCCAACGCCAAGGAGUUUGUGUUCCCCAGCCUCCAGGCCCAGGCCAGCCCCGGAGCCGUCUUCCCUGGGGAGAGCUCCCUGGGCCUGGGCACCCUGCAGUACAACAAUGCCUUUGACAUGUUCGCAGCCUACGGAAGCCUCAACGACAAGUCUCUAAUGGAUGGCCUCAACUUCAGUCUGAGCAACAUGCAGUAUUCUAACCAGCAAUUCCAGCCAGUCAUGGCUAACUAAACUCAUCAUCACGAUGUUAUUUAUGAAUGAUGGUGGCUCAAAGAGAAGGAAAAACAAAACGCACACUUAGAAACUGGACUUUCAAGGAUGUAGUGUCUAGUCAGUCAAGCGCAUGUGCCCAAGGGAGUUUCUACUGUGGCCCCCUUGAGUUUGUUUCUACUCAAAGCUUGUUGUACAAACACAUCCAAGCUUGUUACUUCAAUUCAACAUGCAUCAUUGUUUUUCUUUUUCCUUUUUGCCAACCAAGCACAAAAUUUUUUACUAUGUUGAGAAAAUACAAAAAAAAAAGAAUACAAGCUUAAAGUUUUGGCCUCUUACAGUAUUUUACAGGUGGUAAGACAAGGCUGAUUUUUAUGAAUUGGCACUACUAAGUGGGUUACUUGGUCUUUUUCUAAUUGUAUAAUUUAAUUUAGUACAGAGUUUGUAAGAUAUCAGAGUAUAUAUUGUUUCUAUGACAUGGUGUUGCAUUUAUAUCUUUUUACUACUCCAGUGAUCUGUGAUGGCUGCAGCAGCUUUUCCUUAUUUUCUUUUUUUUUUUUUAAAGAUAAUUGUUAAAGAAAUCCAUCUUUAAAAAAAAAAAAAAAAAAAAAAGAAAAACAUGAAAUAUUCUGAAGAUUGUGUACAGAGUAUUCCUUAGUGGUGGAGUUCAAAUGUAGGAAUAUUUGCUUUUUCUGAAAGAUGAAUUGUAUUUUCUGUUAAGAGGUUAAAAAGAUUUUGCUAUACUAUGGACAAAAUGUAAUCGUAUGAAUAUUAAUUUUGUACCUACAUUGUGCAAUACUUGAUAAAAAAAAAAAAAUACAGUAUAACAAAGUAUUUUGAGUCAGUGUCUUACAUGUCAAGAGGGACUGAAAUAGUUUAUAUUAAGUUUGUAUUAAAUGCUUAAAAAUGAUAUGCUUGUCUUUAUUUUUUUUAAUUUCAUAUUUGCACCCUGGUCUUUUUAAUAAAAUAAACUACAGUUGAACAUGA